AUGACUUUCCUCUUUGCUGAUAUUUGCGGGUUUACGAGUUGGGCUAAGAACGUCGAUGCGUGCGAAGUAGUGACUAUGCUGCAGAAGCUGUUUGCUCGUUUUGAUAGAGACAGCACAAAAUAUAAACUUUAUAAACUCUGCACCAUAGGAGACGCCUAUGUGGCGGUUAGCGAGCCGGUUACUGAAGACAACGAGGACUACGAUCCAGUGGAGGGUACGAGUUUGGUGUUGACGAUGGCGCAGUCGAUGAUAUCAAAUAUUCAGGAUGUAAGAGAGCGCCUGAAUAUACCCAGCCUCAACAUGCGUAUAGGUCUCCACUACGGCACUUGCGUAGGCGGGGUGAUCGGCUCAGGACGCCUCAGAUACGACUUGUGGGGUAUGGAUGUGCUGACUGGUAAUAUGAUGGAGAGCAACGGAGAGCCCGGCAAAGUUAAUGUCAGCGCUGUCCUCAAAGACUUCCUCAUCAAACACUUCCCAGGCAAAUUUAAAUUCCGUUUCAAUAAGACUGUCUGCGUCAUCAACAAAACUGUUGAUUCCUACAUUAUACACCCCGCCGGCGAGGUACCUGAGGAGGAGACAGCAGCAGCAGCACAGCCUGAGGGGUCUCCUUUGCUACCUCCUCAGGGGAUUACUUCUUCAGUGCCGCGGCGUGAUGAAUCGAGGUAA